AUGACACACCAAAAUGGCGACAACGGCCGUCACACCGGCGCCGGUUCUGACCAGCAUCCUCCGGUCCGCUUUAUUUCCCAAACCUACGACGGCUCCGACUCCGAAAACUCGGCCCGCCAGCUUAUUCUAGCCUUGCGUCCGGACUGGUCUUCAGGUGACUCCAACAUAGAGUUCGUUCGCUUCACCGAUGGCAUCACGAACACGCUGCUCAAGGCCGUCAACAAGCGUCCUGGCCUGUCCAAGGACGAGGUCGACCGGGAGGCCAUCCUGCUACGCGCCUACGGUCAUGGCACCGAUCUGAUCAUCGACCGCGCCCGAGAGACACAAAACCACGAGUUGCUCUCGCGGCAUGGCCUUGCACCCGAGUUGCUGGCCCGGUUCAACAACGGCAUGAUGUACAGAUUCAUCAGGGGUAGUGUCACGCACCCUGAUGACCUGAGGAGGCCCGAGAUAUACCUAGCUGUGGCGAAAAGGCUGGCCCAGUGGCAUGCUACGGUGCCCUGUCUGCCAGGCAAGACGCACAUCAGUGAUAAGAUGGACAGUCACUGUGUUGAAAUACUCAAUGGAGCUGCAGAGAAGUACGCGACUCUACAGGAGGCCGUGGAUGCAGCUGCCCCAGGGAAGCAGGCCCCCAACGUAUGGACUGUUAUGCAGAAGUGGAUCUUUGCUCUGCCAACCAAGACGCCAGCGCAAAGAGAGCGGCAAAAAUUGCUGCAAGCUGAGCUUUCCAAGUUGGUAGUUGAGAUGAGCCACCGGCCAGGCCUAGGAAAGGAUGGUCUGGUCUUCGCACAUUGCGAUCUGCUAAGCGGAAAUGUCAUUGUGCUGCCCAAAGGCAACGACCAAGACUCUGGGAUAGUCAGCAACGGGGCCUCAAGUAGCACCGAUGAAGCUGUGACCUUCAUCGACUACGAAUACGCCGUCCCCUCGCCCGCAGCAUUUGACCUGUGCAACCACUUUGCCGAAUGGGGCGGUUUCGACUGCGACUACAACGUGCUGCCCAGCAAGUCCCAACGGCGCGAAUUCAUCACUGAGUACGUCCGGUCGUACUUCAGCCUCCUUCCUGAGCAGCCCAAGCACGACGAGGAGUCUGAGAUCCAGAAACUGUCCGAUGAGGUCGACCUAUACCGUGGAGUCCCAGGCUUCUACUGGGGCAUCUGGGCGCUGAUCCAGGCGACCAUCUCCGACAUCGACUUCGACUACGCCUCAUACGCGGAGAUCAGGCUGGGUGAGUACUGGGCGUGGAAGGCCGAGGUGAACGGAAGCCGUGCUGCCGAGGGCAAGGAACUGCCGCUGCGGGAACGGCGGUGGGCUGAGUAG